CAUUUUUUGGUGUUAUCCUCACGGAUUAUAUACGUGGGAAGGGAAUAGAUGAGUUUGAGUUGAAAAUUUUUCUCUCUCUCUUAGUCCAUUUCAUGAUGAUAUCCUCAGGUCCUUGUUGGCAGUUGAAUGAAUAAUACUGAAUUUAAAAUUUUUCUUUUUGCUAAAAAUACUAAAAAAGUUAAUAUAAAGCUGCAGACUUUAAUUUGUAUUUUGUCUGAAAUUGUAAGGCUUUUCUUUAAGCAAAGGAGAGAUCUUUGUUGGCUGUUUUAAAUGGGUGAAACGAUUAGUCGACCGUUGAUGGGGGAAACCCCGAGGGAUUUCAUGAAUCGCAAUAAUAAAGCGUUUUUUACAGAACCCUAUCUCUCUAAUCUCGCGGGAUGGUCAGAAGGGAAAAUACAAUUAGAUCCGUUUCCCCGCGAUGGUUCUUUUAAAGAUGAAGAUAUGCGUGCUGCAAAAGAUAUGAUCUUUGGUUCUUGGGGUGACCCAGGAUGGCCAAUUGAUUAUAUGAAAGAUGCGUAUAAAGUUUGGAUGAAGAUGAAAACUUAUUGGGAUAAGGGUCCAGAGUUGAAAAAACAAGACAGCUCUCUCUCUCAGUCUCAGUUGAAACCUGAUACGUCUCUUCCCCCAUAUGAAUGUGUUGUUUCUGCUGAAAUUCCAAAGCCCUUGACCAAUCGAUUGUAUCCGCAGUUGCCGUCCACAACUGAAGUUUUUCCGUUUGUACAGCUUCCAGAUGGUUACAAAAUUACUCCUCUGAGUGUUACGGAGGCAGUGGCUAUUUGCAAAGAUCUGCCUGAUCCGGCUAAGUCACCACAUCAAUUUGUGGCAGUGCUGCAACGGUUAACUGCCUACAGUCAAUUGACGGGACGAGAUUAUCGUUUUAUUUUGACUAAAACACUGCCUGCGGAAAUCACAGAGGAGGAAAUGAUUGAAGAAGUUUAUUAUUUAAACCCCAUCUACGAUACACCGCCUGUUCGUCGUGUUGUAUCUCAGAAAGCGGGAGAUUCGAAGCCCCUUGAUUUGUCUAAACCUUCACGAGUGCUUCUAAUUACUGAUUCGGAGGAUGAAGAAGAGGAAUGUGAUUGGAUUUGGGCCAGCUCAGAAAAACCCACUCAUCCUUUCGUUCCAGGACAACAGGUGCUGAUAAAGUGUCUGAAGCCCACAAAACUGGGUGAGCCGAAAUAUCUGGGGCCCGCCACGGUGAUUGCUGUGACGAGAACAGGAGUGCUGACUGACUUCCAGCCGCAGUGGAUCCAUGCCAGUCGACUGAAAGCAGCUCCAUCCCAGGGGAACGUUCUGGUCAAUGAGGAGAAGGAAGCCAGUGAGCCAAGGAAAGAUCCGAAGGAAGGUGAACCAAGACGUUCAACGAGGAGAAGAAGAAAGAGAUUGCUAGAGAUCUAAAACCAGCAAUAAUUAUCAUUGAAGCUCUCUAGCCAUGAUUGCUCAUUCAAUUGCCAAAUAA